GGUUGUUUACAUACUAACUUUCUUUUCUUUUUUUGGCCCCUAACACAGAUUUGAGGUUGAAAUUUGUGAUACAUUCGGUUGAAUUUUUCUGUGCCUGUUGAGGAAUCAGGGGAAAUGGGAUCUUUUCUUUCUAGAGUCUUUAUAAUGGUUCUUGGUUACGCUUACCCGGCUUUUGAGUGUUUCAAAGCAGUAGAGAAUAGUGAACCAGAAACUAAUCAACUCCUGUUCUGGUGCAAAUACUGGAUUUUAGUUGCUAUCCUCACAGUCUGUGAAAGAGUAGGGGAUACUUUGCUAUCAUGGUUACCAUUCUACAGUGGGGCAAAGUUGGGAUUCUUCAUUUACCUAUGGUAUCCCAAAGCAAAAGGAACAGCAUAUGUUUAUGAUUCUUUUGUCCGGCCUUAUUUGAAAGAACACCAGGGAGAAAUCGAGCGGAGCUUGUUGGAACUUAAGCGUAACGCAGGGGAAAUUAGUGUCAUAUAUUUGGAAAAGGCUGUGAGUGAUGGAAAAUAUGGGUUUUACAAGAUUUUGCAGUACAUUUCUCAUCAGACAAAAUCAAAACCUGAUCGUGAUGAAGUAGAUGGAGGUGGUGAUGAAGUGUUUGUUGCAAGACAGGAAUGGUCUAGAAAAGAGAACAUUUCCAAAGAAGAUUGUACAGACUCUUCUGGAUUGUUUAAGGAGGCAUCUGGAGUCCAUAAAAGAAUGACAUCUGAUCAAUCUGUGACCAAAGCUGUCGAUCAUUCACCAGCUGUAACGAAACAGGAUACAGGAGAAAUUGAUUCAUUAGCAACCUUAGAAGAUGAAGAUGGAAUUUCAGGUUCCUCUCAGAAAAAAGAAGCUGCACCCCGCCGACGAGGGGUGUGGAGGAUCUUCAAGAUUUGUAAUGACCAUUAACACAUGUAUUCGUUACUUUACACAGUUGAGACGUUCUUUUAAGUUUUUUUUUUACUGUAAUUUGAUGGAUGUACAGAAGUAAAGAUACCUCUGGAGCUCUCCUAGAAUGCUGAGAAGAAAAGUAAAUGUCUCAUGUGCAU